AAUGCGUUCAGUGUAAGAAUAUAAGUCCACGAGCACAUCGACAUUCGUUUCAAAGUGCUAGAUCCAAAAUGAUCAUGAAAGUCAAUAUCAUACUAACAGUUCUAACGUGCGUUUGCCGUUCGGUUUGUCAAGGCCUGGAGUCGAAAGAGAUGAGUGAAAACGACACCAAUAUCGAAUCCAGCAGGCGCAUUCUCUUCGGUCAAGAAGUGAACCCAAUGGAUUUCCCAUACUUCGUACUACUGAGAGAGAACACUGAGGGGUGGUUUUGCGGUGGGAGCAUCAUAACCAACCAGUGGAUUCUGACCGCAGCUCAUUGCUUGAGUUCUGUUACAUGCAAUAUGGUGAAGGUGCUGCCACCAGCCCUAUUAGCGAACUCCGAAUUUCGGAUUCAUGCUGAUGAGUGCCACGGUCAUGAGCAAUACGUUCCCUCUAGCUCGAAAUUUGACAUCGCGCUGAUCAAAGUCAAGGAAGACCUCUUGCAAGACGCGAAAGCCAAAACAAUCUCUCUGCCUGUGCCAGGUAACGUGUUAUAUCCUCCAGAAACCAGUGCUCUUCUUCUCGGUUGGGGAAAAAAUGAGAAUAACCAACGACCUGGACACCUUGUGAGCGCAUACGCGCCUAUUGUAGACUGGGAAACGUGCAACCGUAAUUUCAAAUCUUAUCAAGCCUCGUGCGAAUCCACAGCGACAUGCAAGGCUUCUGACAUACCGGCAAGAUCUCUGUGCACCCAAGGCGUCGGAGAUUCUCCAACUGGAAUUUGCCUCGGUGAUUCAGGAGGUCCCGUCGUCGUAGAUGGUGUUCUAGCUGGGAUCAGUACUUUGGUUCUUGCGUUCAAAGAUGGGGGCUGCCAAAUUGGAGCUCCGUCGGUUUACACUAAUGUAGCCGAUUAUUUACCUUGGAUAUAUUCUUUUACCGAUCCUACAAAAGACACUACGAAUUUCAUAACUCGCGACGAGUCUCCGAAGUAAGCGUUUUGACGAUUGUAAGAUAUCCGGAACAAACAACUUUUCCAAUUCGUACACAUUCUAGGAAUCUCAUUAAAGGAGAUAGAGUCAUCAAGGAAAAAGUUAGCAUUUGACCAGAAUUACAUUCGAAAUGGAUACAAUAUGUUACAGAUCAAAAAUAUUUUACGAAAUCCACCGCCGCGGCUCGCAAAUCACAACUUCCAUCAAUCAGAAAAUCAGAACAAGACUAAGUACUUUUAGAUAUUCGAGCUUUGCCUGAAUAAAGAAAAGUGCCUAACAUUUCGAAUAUUGGCUUUGUUCAUUGUAUAUCGAGAACCCACAUGGAAUUCUACAUCGUAAUCAUAAGUGUUGAAUUCCUCCAGAUUUUUACGUUGGUUAUUUAUGUGAUUAGCAGAUAUAGUGCAUAAACCUGAUUUCUGACAUUUGCUUGGUGCUUACCUACCAGACUUUUCCGACCAAAAUGUUGCUAUCAAUUUGCAUAUCGCAAUUAAAUCUUUUACCGUUCUAUCAGAACUACCAGAGCAGUAACAUGAUAGGACUUCAAGAUGUCAUAACGAAUACAGAACAGAAAUUGUCAAUUCAAUUUAAUCUCAUGAACUGUUUCCUCCUGUUUCUACCAAGUUUACUUAAAAAAGUGUAAACAUUACAGUUUGUUGGUCAAUAAAUCUAUCGAAACGUU